AUGAUUCCUACCAUCUAUCAGCUCGAGCAGCGACGUCCGCUAUGGCUUAGCCGACACGCCGAUUAUAUCAUGGACAACCUUAGGGUCUCGGACACCUGUAGGGCAUUGUUUACGGGCGACGACGUCGUUCGCCGGCUCCGGGAUUCGUCGGGCCUCCGCUCGUCUUCCACGCCCUCGGACGCGACAUGGAAAGAAUAUCGCCAGUACACUCACAGCUGCUGGGGCACAGCUCCGGAAGCUGUGGCGCUUACUUUGUACUAUAUGGCGUCUGAGCAAGGUGUCAGUGGCAAGGAGAUCGACCGGCUCCGUGACGCCGUUGAGUAUGUUUGGGACUCGCUAGCAGAAAGACCUGGCCAGAGUUGGCAUCAGGAUAGAGACGGCGAAUGGGAGGGUAAUCCCGCCACCGCGCCAGUCGUUUUUCGCGCCGUCAAUCUCGCGUACGACGUUCACUACCAACGCACGCUUGACGCCGCCAAAUCAACGAGCGCCACUACUCCACAAGCUUGA